AUGGUCACAGAAAAUGGAAGCUCGAGAUACCCGCCUCCCUUGGUUGAAUCGGAAUUACGAGGUCGUCGCAAAAUUGCCAAUGGACCCCGAUUAGAUCCCCUGCGGAUUGAUCCACGUGUGCCACUGACCAACAUACCUUCCCCGAGAGCGUCGCCGCGUUCCCUCAACCAGCCGUAUCGCACGCGUUCGCGCUCACCCAUUCCCCCGGGAAGCCAACCUGUCUCAGAUGAUCGACCAUGGCUUCCUGAAUCCUUGCGGGCAGGUUCCCCGCAGGACAAUGGAGAAGAAUGGAGAGCAAAGAGAUCUGUCUACCCACCUUUACCAUCCCCCGAACACCAUCCUCCAAGAUUCUACCCGCGCGAUAACGAACCGGACCGACCACCCCCUCGCAAGGCCCCGCCAGCUAGAGGUGGGCUGCGCAUAUCCAUGUCCACAUCUAGACUACACGGGAGGCGGCCCAGAUUGCAAGAAUCCCCAGACCGCCGCCAAGAGCUAACGCCUCAUGGUUUGCCAAUACCGCGCUUUCCUUCCAACGGACCCGCGGACGAUAAUAGCCUUCGAACCAGUGUCAAUUCUGCGAUGACCUCUCGAUCUAGCAUUGAGCAGCACAGUGGUACAGAGCGCAGCAGCGUUCUCACCAAGAGUAGCUCAAUUACUGAUAUGUCUCCAGAUACGCCCGAUGCUCCUUACAGCAUGGAUGGGGGUAUGAGUGUUGAAGAUGCAAUCUCUAUGUACUUGGAUGGAUUCAGUGAUGUAACAGAGGAGCCUGGUUCUCCAAGAUCCCGAGCAGAUAGCAAAGCGCCGUCAAUAACACCGCCUCCUUCUCGGGAUAUGCACCUGGAAGGUAUACCACCUCCGAAGCCUCUCAUGGAGGAGGUUCCUCCCGUUCCUCCACUUCCAGCAUCAGCAUGGGUUGAACCUGUGCACGUGGAUUCUACAAUACCGCUACCACCUUCUGAAGCUCCUUUACCUGAAACUGCUCCAUCGGAACCUCUACCACCUGUGAUCUCUACACCUCCACAACCGGAGGCCUCAUCCUCCGACCACACCUCUAGCAUUCAGUCUGUUCACAAACGAGCACAAUCCAAAAUCUUCAUUCCAGGCCCUGUACCUCCUCCAUUCAAUUCGGGAAAUGAAACGAGAGAUGAUUAUGGGUUUCGUAAAGCAACUCAAUACGUGACCCGUGAGCAGUAUGACGGGUGGAAGGGCCCGUAUUCAAAUUACACAGCUCAACGAAGAAUGAAGUGGCAUGCUAUGUUACAAGAACAUGGUCUUCCGAUCACAAACCCCUCCACAUUUCCACCCCAGUCGACCAAGCUCAAACGAUUUGUGCGAAAAGGAAUUCCAUCUGAGUACAGAGGUGCUGCGUGGUUCUGGUACGCUGGUGGGUAUGAGCUCCUGAACAACAACACUGGCCUUUACGAUAAGCUUGUGGCGGAGGUCAUGGCUUCACCUAGCAAUGAUGACAAAGAGCACAUUGAGCGUGAUCUUCACCGAACCUUCCCCGACAACCUUCAUUUUAAACCGGAAUCUGUUGAUGCUGCAGAGAAAUCGGGCGGCAACCCCCAGAGUUCCGGGGUAACGGAGACGCAGAUGAUUCAAUCUCUUCGUCGAGUUCUGUAUGCCUUUGCCCUCUACAAUCCUAAAGUGGGAUACACUCAGUCGCUCAACUUUAUCACUGGCAUGCUUCUCCUUUUCCUCCCCGAGGAGAAAGCCUUUUGGAUGUUGCAUAUUAUCACCUCGGUCUACUUACCUGGCACACAUGAAAUCAGCCUGGAAGGUGCAAACAUCGAUCUUUGGAUUCUAAUGGUUCUCCUACGGGAUACCACGCCCGCAAUCUACGCCAAAAUAGCCAGCAUGGGAGGCACUCCCACUGGCCGUGGCAAACCUCCUCCCCUGAACGUCAAUUCACGUUUGCCUGACAUCACUCUGGGUCUGACGAAUUGGCUCAUGUCUGUCUUCAUCGGCACUCUCCCUCUAGAAACCACUCUGCGUGUCUGGGACAUCUUCUUCUACGAGGGAUCCAAAACAUUCUUCCGUGUCUCAUUAGCUAUAUUUAAAGCUUGUGAGCGCGAUAUCCUAGCGGUCUCCGAUCCAAUGGAAGUCUUCCAAGUUGUGCAAACCGUGCCCAAGAAAAUACUUGAUGCCAAUGCUUUACUAGAAGACUGUUUCUUGCGAAAACAUCGAGUUGGACAAGGCCGCAUCGAUGAAUUGCGUGCUGCUCGCCGUACAGCUGUCCGUCAAGAGAAGAUGCGUCGAUCAAUUGCUUUCAGCAAGGGUGAACUAAAGCCUGCGACAGAUGAUUUUCCCGUUCGUCGGCGGAACGCCCAUCCUGGUAUUGAAACUCGAGUGGCUGACUCCUGGCGCCAUCUAAAGCACCAUGCAUUUCGAUAA